UUGAAUUGGAAAAAUCUAAUUGGAUCAUCAUCGUAAACAUCAAAAUUCAACAACAUCAUCGUUUUACUUUUCUAUCACCAUUUCUAUUCAAACGCAGCCAUUUCGAUUCCUUCUUUGAACUGAUUGUUUUGCUUGACUAUUAUAGAGGUUGCAGCCUGGAUGAUUGUGAGCUUUAUUAGCCUUUAAGCAUGUCAAUGAAUAAAUAUAGACCGGAACUUGGAAGGCCUGCCUCAGGUAGAAGAAGAUUAAAAGAUUUAUUACUUCAGAGCGAUAAUCGUUGUUGUGCUGAUUGUAACGCUCCAGAUCCUAAAUGGGCGUCUGCCAAUAUUGGAGUUUUUAUAUGCUUAAAAUGUUGUGGUGUGCACAGAAGCCUUGGAACUCAUAUAUCAAAGGUUUUGUCUGUGACAUUGGAUGACUGGUCAGAGGAUGAAGUAGAAGCAAUGAUUGAAGUUGGAGGAAAUGCUUCUGCUAAUUCAAUUUAUGAGGCUUACUUUCCUGAAGGCUAUACAAAACCCGGACCAGAUGCUAGUCAUGAGCAGCGUGCAAAGUUUAUACGGUCAAAGUAUGAGCUUCAAGAAUUCUUGAAACCUAGUUUGCGCAUUGUGUCUGGAAAAAGCAGUCUAGGAUCAAGUUCUGCCAAAAGUUUUAUGGAUAGUUUCAAAAGUAGUAGUACACAGAGACUGGAAGGCAUGGUAGAAUUUAUUGGAUUGUUGAAGGUGAAAGUGAUAAAAGGCACAAAUUUAGCUAUCAGAGAUAUAAAGACAAGCGACCCGUAUGUUGUUUUGAGCCUUGGCCAACAGACUGUCCAGACAGCAGUAGUGAAGAGCAACUUGAAUCCAGUCUGGAAUGAGGAACAUAUGCUGUCUGUUCCCGAGGAGUAUGGACAACUGAAAUUGAAAGUAUAUGAUCACGACACAUUUUCUGCUGAUGAUAUAAUGGGAGAAGCGGACAUUGAUCUUCAGUCGCUGAUAACAUCUGCUAUGGCGUUUGGAGAUGCUGGAAUGUUUGGCGAUAUGCAGAUAGGAAAAUGGUUGAAAUCGGAUGACAAUGCACUGAUUGAGGAUAGUACAGUCAAUAUUGAUGAUGGUAAGGUUAAACAAAAUAUGACACUCAAGCUCCAGAAUGUUGAAUCUGGAGAAAUAGAUUUAGAGCUCGAGUGGAUUCCUCUUGAUCAAUAGCUACUUAACUGCUGGUAGCCUAUCCAUUCUCUCAAUGAAAUCAUUGUAAUUCUUUCUCUUAUACUUUUAGCUCAUUAUCCUUGAGAAAUAAGUUAAUCUCUAUCUUGUUCUUCAUUUAAUUUAUGUCUGUUAAAUUAUUUAGCCAAACAUUGAAUAUGAAAAGAGUGAGAGAUCAUAAUAGUUUUUUGUAA